GGGGCGGGGAGGCGCGGGCGGCGGGAGGGGCGGGCUCGCACUUUGGCGCGCCGACCCGGGGGGCGUCCUGCAGCGCCAGCGCGUCUUGGCAGCCCGCGGGGUAAUGGCUAGCGGCGUCGCCGGCCGCCGCCCGUGACCGUCUGCGGCCCUCGGAGCGGCGGCCGGGCCGGCGCCGAGCCCGAGGGACCCGCGGCCGCCGCGUCCGCCGACCCGGUGGAGCUGAGCUGAAUGAAACAGUCUCCAGAGGCCUCUGAUUAUCAGGGUUGAAGGUGCAGAGACCCCCUCAGUGAGUGCUUUUGGACCCCCUACCCCUGAUGACACCCACCAACCAACUGAUUUUGUUACAAAUGUACAUCUUUGUGGAGCUCUGUUACCUUUCUCUCCUUGACAACCGCUACACUGUGGUGGGCCGUGCCCUGGUGGUGCUGGGAUGGCGCCGGCGCCAGGGUCAGCUCAGCGCAAGGCAAACCCGAGGCGCCCAGCCAUGACUCUCGUGCUGCCCAUGAACCCGUUCCGGGAGGCCAUUGUCUCAGAAGGAGCAGCAGAGGUUACCAGCUACCAUGCACUAUGGGAGGCUGCCGACAGCUGUAGAGGCACCAGUCCCCCAAGGCCAGCACCGGCCCUUGUGGAGGGAGUGAGGGGGGCCGGGCCUCCCCUGGCAGGACCCCACCACAGAGGGAUUUCAGCUCCUCUGACAACAUCCAAGAUCACAUAUUUUAAGAGGAAGUAUGUGGAAGAGGAGGAGUCCCACCCGCCGCUCGGCAGCUGCAGCCACAAAACCAUCUCUGUGUUUGAGGAGCGUGCCCACAUCCUGUACAUGUCCUUGGAGAAGCUGAAGUUCAUCGAUGACCCUGAGGUGUACCUCCGGAGGUCCGUACUCAUCAACAACCUGAUGAAGAGGGUUCAUGGGGACAUCAUGAGGCAGAAUGCCUGGUGCUUCCCUGCCUGCUCCUUUAGCAGUGCCUCUGCCCAGGACUGGCUUCUGGUGCAGGACUGUCCUCAUCGGAAGCGUAUGCGGGCAGCGGGGGAGGAGUGGGACAAGGUUCACGCCUGCUGCCUGUACCAGGAGUGCGGCAGCCACUGCCUGAGUGUGCCCCUGUGUGUGAAUACUCACAUCGCAAGUGCCUCCUCCUCCUCCUGCCCACCCUCCCUGCCCUCUCAAUCCUCCCCAUCUUCCUCACCCUCCUCAUCCUCCUUAUCCUCCUCACCCUCCUCAUCUUGCCCGCCCUCCCUGUCCUCCUCGCCUUCCUCCUCGCCCCCUCUGCCCUUCCCCAGCUGCUCCCAGCAGGCAGAUUUGGGAGUGGGGACCGUGCAGCUCUGCAAAGAUGCACAGAUGCCCACGAGCGAUGCUUUUGCCACCGGUGCCUGGUCUCUUGUGGCUCCGGAAAAGGUCAAGAUCAGCAACACCAUCAGUGCCAGCAGUGGGGACGGGUGCCCCCACAGCCUGGAGGCUGCACAGGACCACCUGACUUUUGAGUGCAAAGGGCAGUUCUGUGAUUACUUUGAAGCUGGCUGCAAUAGUAGGAAUCCAGCAGCAAGUGGACCCUGGAGGAAGCCUCAGCGCAGGAAGGAGGUGGUGCCCGUUGACAACAAGCUGUGCUGGAGCACAGGCAGCAGGAUGUGAAGCACUGUAUCCCAGUACAUGGAAGCAUGUGCAGCAUGACCCCUUUGCACUCAUAAAUGUUAUGUGAAUGAACUUUCUAGUUUUGUUCGACAAUGUGGUUGUGCUGUGAGCCUGGAGAUGGGCUGUGUCCAGAGCAGCUUCUCUGGGUGGGCCUUUGCCCAUAGGAAGCAGCUGGCAAGUGGACCUUAGUCUCCUGUCAAGACAGGUCAGUCGAGUGGCCUAGGGGACAAGGUACCCUUGUGAAGUUUCCAGGACCCCCAUGCAGCCAGCCCAGAACCCCAGCGUGUCCACUGGUUCCAGAGAUGAAGAGUUGGGUGUUGUUCACAGGGGUCUGCUGCUCUAGCUGCUCCAGCCUCUUCUGAAUCAGAGUGACGCAGGCACUUGACAUCUCAGACUUCCAGGGGCCAUUACAUGUUAGCACGGACAGUCCAGAUGACAGAUGAUUGAGGGCAGAAUAGAUGCUGCCCAGUGUCCAGGGCAGCCCUGGUGUCCUUGGCCAGCCUACGAUGGAUGGUGAGCUUUUGGAGAGGUUGAUACAGGGUGAUCUUCGGUGCCUUACUUUAUCUUAAUUUUUGCCAUUGUGAAAGUUAAGGAUAGUCAGUUACAGCAGGGAUUUCACUAAAGGGAAAGACACAAAACCAGCCCCUCAGUGGAGCUGUCUGGAAGCUACUGGCUUUGCACUCUUGUGCUCAGUUUUGAUUCACAAUCUCUGUUCUUCCUUUUUCCUUGAUGUCCAAUUGCUUUUGGAUUUGGCAUGUUUGCAAGGAAUGGAGGAGAGAAGGGAGAGGGCCGGACUGGCCCGUGGGCCCUGGGGCCAGGGCUGGCUGUCUCAUUUCCUUUGUUUCUUGUCCACGAUGUUCCAGACCAGUGGCAUGCGCUCUGCUUUGACCUGUUUUGUAUUAUUUCACACGUUUAGGUGAUAAAAGCAUGUGAGUUUUGUUUUGUUUUGUUUUUAAUCUAUGGCUUACAUUGUUGGUAAAGAAGCACAGCGUCGACAAGUGUGCGUGGACCUGUAGGCUUUCUCUUACAGAAUGGAGACACUGCCACGGGUGGGGCAGUAUUCUGGAGGCACGGGGCUCCAGGUGCAGCCACUGCCCUCUCUGGGGUCUGCAUCUUCCCAAACUGCUUCUUUAAGUGUGUGUUUGCUAGAGGUCUCAGCUUUCCUCUGGCGGCGUGGAGUCUGGCCCAGCUCUGAGGCUAGGGAUCUUUGGACCUCCUUAAUCCAUACUUCACAGGAACCAAAUGCCAAAUGGAGGAAUCAAGAAACUCCUCCCAGUUUCUCCAAGAUAAAGCUUUUUUACAUUGUUGUCAUUCCUAUGAAACCGGGGCCUCUCUCCUUCAGUGUGUGGGGGAGCAUCCAUGGGCAGGACCCACAAGGACCAGUUUUAGAAGUGUUCUUGUGUUCUAGCAAUGUUUUAUCCUUUAUUUUCAAUAUUUGAUAAACAUUUGAUGUUGGAAGCUUAGCCGAUAGAUGCUUGUUUAAUAAGGAUGUGUUGUAAUAAAGUGAGGUCUUCUUGGUAUAUAUUUAUUAAAAUGCUCAAAAUUC